GCGGCGCUGUCGGAUCUCGGGCCGCGUGCUGCUCCGGCUUGGCUUCCUGCAGUUCAGCAUCUCUGGGAGGCUCGGUCGGAAGGGUGUUGGAAGAGCAAUGCCAGGUGCUAAGAUGCUGCGGCAGGUGGCAGGCCAGAUGCUGGCGAGCCCAGCCUGUGGCUGUUGGACCUCUGCCCCGCUGGCCCGCUUUCUGGCCACCUCCCCUCGGCAAAUUCCAGCAGAUGCCAACUUCCACUCUGGCUCUUUCUCUGGAUCAGACCAGACACGCAUUUUAAUUACAGGGGGUCUUGGCCAGCUUGGAGUGGGGCUUGCUAACUUUUUGAGGAAACGAUUUGGGAAGGACAAUGUGAUUUUAUCUGACAUAAGGAAACCACCUGAUCACAUCUUCCACAGUGGCCCAUUUAUUUAUUCUGACAUUCUGGAUUACAAGAAUCUUCGGGAGAUCGUGGUGAACAACCGCAUCACCUGGUUGUUUCAUUAUAGCGCUUUGCUCAGUGCCGUUGGAGAAGCAAAUGUACCCUUGGCCAGAGCCGUAAAUAUCACUGGGUUGCAUAACGUCCUGGAUGUUGCAGCAGAGCACAAUUUGCGAUUGUUUGUACCUAGCACAAUCGGAGCUUUUGGACCUACUUCUCCCCGGAAUCCGACUCCUGAUCUUUGUAUUCAGAGGCCCAGGACUAUCUAUGGGGUGUCCAAGGUCCAUGCAGAGCUCAUGGGAGAAUAUUAUCAUUACCGGUAUGGGUUAGAUUUCCGAUGCCUGAGAUACCCUGGAAUCAUCUCUGCAGACUCCCAGCCUGGUGGAGGAACUACUGACUAUGCAGUCCGGAUCUUCCACGAUGCUAUAAAGAAUGGCAAAUUUGAGUGCAACCUGAAAUCCAGCACGCGGCUCCCGAUGAUGUACAUUGAUGACUGCCUGAGGGCCACCCUGGAAGUCAUGGAGGCCCCAGCAGAGUCCCUUUCCAUGAGGACCUACAAUGUCAAUGCCAUGAGCUUCACCCCUGAGGACCUGGCCCAGGAACUUCUCAAGCACAUACCAGAAUUCCAGAUCACGUACAACGUGGAUUCUGUUCGACAGGCCAUAGCGGAUAGUUGGCCGAUGAACUUCGAUGACAGCAAUGCUCGGAAGGACUGGGGGUGGAAGCACGACUUUGACCUUCCAGAGCUGGUGACGACGAUGUUGAACUCUGAUACCAGAGUUGCGCAGGCUAACUGAGGGAAUCUUGACGGAGAGCUCCUGUGUCCUGGACAGCUGUCAAGGGAAAUCCACAACAGCCCCCAGGUUACAGACCCUGAGGAACCUGGAUUAUGAGGGGGGGAAGGACUAAUUGGAGGACAUUUUGGCAGUUCAUAUUGAAUUGCCAGAUUGGAGAAUCAACCUGGCUUUUGCAUUUUCAAAGUACUGUACCUUUGGUGGUAGGACUUCUCAAUCUUUGCUGUUUGCCUAAACUUGCCCAAACACACAUAUCACAGAAUGAAGACUUAAGUCAUCAUACUCUCCAUUUAGUUAAUUAAGAUGGAGUGACCAUUUGAAAGAAGGGGGAAAUAUGUGAUGUCUGUCUUUAAUUAAAUUUAAUUUUCGUAUCA